GACAGCUCAUCUGAACCACACUGUAUUGCAAUAUUCCCUCUUCCCAGAGAAAAAGACUCCACUGAGUAGCAGAAUGCUGCCAGUGUCGCAGCUAGGGCUACAAUACAGAGCCUUUUUGUAACAUCUCUGUGUUCACGUAUUUAGAGAUACAGACACACACUCAUAUAUCAAUUCAUCCUUUUUUGAGGGCACCUUUGGCUUUUAUUACCCUGAUGUGACUUCUUCUUCGUCUUGGAAUGAUGGGGAUCUUUCUAGCUUAUGUUGGAUUCAUUUUCUUUUCAGUUAUGUAUAUUCAACAAGGACUUUCUACCCAAGCAAAAUUCACUGAGUUUCCCCGAAAUGUCACUGCCACUGAAGGGCAGAACGUGGAGAUGUCUUGUGCUUUCCAAAGUGGCUCCGCUUCAGUGUACCUUGAAAUUCAGUGGUGGUUUCUGCGGGCAGCUGAGGACCAAGAGGCUGGAGCUGAGGUGACAGGCACUCAGGUGGAGCUCCUGCCAGAGCGGGACCUGGACAGCGACGGCACCAAGAUCAGCACAGUGAAAGUACAAGGGAAUGACAUCUCCCACAAGCUUCAGAUUUCAAAAGUGAGGAAAAAGGAUGAAGGCUUGUAUGAGUGCAGGGUGACCGAUGCCAACUAUGGAGACCUUCAGGAAUACAAGGCCCAGGCAUUUCUCAAAGUCAAUGCUAACAGCCACUCUCGGCGAAUGCAAGCCUUUGAGGCAUCUCCAAUGUGGUUGCAAGACAUGAAACCUCGCAAAAACAUCUCAGCAGCUGUUCCAAGUAGCAUCCAUAACUCUGCCAAUCAGCGUGUGCGUGCCACCUCCAGCCCUGAAGCAGCAGCCAAAAUUCCCAAACAAAGUCCACAAUCAGGUGCGAGGAUAGCUACAAGCCAUGGACUUUCUGUCCUGCUUCUUGUUUGUGGCUUUGUGAAGGGUGCUUUGCUUUAAUCUAAAAGUGCUGACUUUUUCCAAUAUCACUUUCUCUUCUUAAAGCAAAGAGCAAAUCGCCUGUAAAAUCCACGGAGCGGACAGCAAAGUUGACCCUAACCUCCAACCACCACUCUGCACCCAAUGUACUUUAAAUCUCUACACAAGGAGCACCUUCUUCAGGAAGUACAAACAAAAUUACUAAAUAAAUUAAAUAAAUAAAUAAAUAUUAUAAAAAGAAGAGGAUACCACAUUUUCUUGAUAUAUCUUAUUUUCUUUGGCGUAUCACUGAUCUUUCAUUUGAAGAGAACUGGUGUGACGUAAUGAAGCAUUUUGUAACAGCAAGACUUAGUUUCCUUUUCUUUCGGCAAGGAGAAGCCUCAUCCUUGACUUCUCAGGGGUUGGCCUGCGAGUUAUCAGUAUUACAAAAUUAACUAUGGAUGACAUUUGGUUUCCUACACUGAAAGAACCGUUCCAGCCUGGAAGCACAUACAGCCCA